AAGCUGCGUAAAUUCUAAUUUGUACGAAAGGAAAAAGGAGACGUCAACUAAUUACGCACGAAAACGAGUUGUAAUUAUUUAAGCGAACUGCAACUGAAACCCAUAACAACAGCAAGAACAACAAUCCAAAGUAAUUGUAAUUACAACAGAGAACAUAACCUGAGGAGCGGGUUGAAGUCGAUGUGAUGCCUACGCGAAGGUCGGGCGGCGCCACAGUGCGACGCAAGCACUCAAUUGGAAAUUUGCGUCGCGCUCAUCCCGCCUCGGGUGCCACAUGGAAUGUGCAAGUGGUACGUGGUAAAAUGUCAUCUAAGUGCCUUUGGCAUGCUUGUCGCGCACUUGUGCUGGGUCUGACGCUGAUGCUGCUCGGCGCCGGUAUGGCUACGAUAGGUUAUUAUGCAGACCACCUUUCAACGAACUCUGAACUGCGUGGCAAUGCGACGGUGAGAGUCAAGAAUGACUUGAAGGGCUUCCAUCUCAACAAUCUCUCUUACGUCGGACCGAUUGUAAUGGGUUUUGGCGGUUUCAUUGUCGUUGCUUCGUGCGUUAUGACAUUUGAGGCGCGUGACUCGGCGGCAAAAGUGGUGCCAGCGCGUUUUCGUGCCGGUGCGACUGGUAGCAAGACAACGGUGCGUAGUAAUCAGAGCAGCGCAACUUCACAGCGACGCGCCGUUGGCAUACAAUUGCAGUCCUCGCGCUGGGAUCAACAGUUUGGUGUAUUUCGCACAUCCCCAGCUGAGCCGCCACCGCAGACCACACCGCAGCCCUUCGAUCGUGACGCGCUUACCGCGGAGCUAGUCAAGUUUUCCAAAUCGCUCAGCAGCGGCCGACAAGUGAAAUCGCGCGCACCACGCAUCAGCAACAGUUUGGUGCAACGCAACACUCGUGAAAAUGGUGCCCCUUGUGCGCUGCUCCAGCCACCAGGCACAAAUAAACUCUACUGGCAUGCGGCCUCUUUCGACGACGGCCUUCGUGGGGAUAAGCAUCUUUCAAGAGCUACUGUGGCUGACAUGUCUCGCCGCUCUGAUACGGCCAAACGUCAUGUGUUGGCACGACAGAAGCCGAUCGAGCAUGAAGAGGACAAAAGCAGCCCUCUGGGCAAUCGCAGAAGUUCUACUAUGUCAGACUCAUCGUACAGUGGCCGCUGGACGGCACGUUGCGCUUCCAUGGCAAGUCGCGCAUCAAGUAUCGAUUCACGACGUAUUCAAGUAGAUCUGCAUAGCCCUGAAGUGUUGCCGAAAUCCAUACUGCGUUCACCGAAGCGCUAUAGCUCUGGCCCAUCCGCCACUCCGUCGGUAGAAAAAGAGUUCAGAAGCCAACUAAGUGUCUGCUCAGAACCACCCGCUCCCAUACACCAGCUUUCCGGUCAAUCGAGCUUAGAACCUUGUUUCCCCGAAGAACUCAUAGAUAACACGGAAGAAAAAUCAUGUAACAGCAUGAAUGGGGUCGCAUUAUCACCAGAUGCACUAAACGUGGCCAUUCAAACCAUAUCCAUGACAGCCUCAAACCAUGUAGAAGAACUACUACCACCACAGCCACCCAAGAAAUUAAAUAGCAUUCUAAAGAAACCACGCCCCGACACACUUUGCCUCGCAACCAAUACAAAACCUGCCGUAGUAAGUGAGAUCAAUAAAUCUCUUUGCCGCAGCAACUCCUCGCGCACUUUCUAUAGACCCAAACCACAACUGCCCAACGAAAUGGACGACAGCAUCUUCUACAUACGUUCCUCUAGCGAACGACAAAGCAUCGAUAGUAACGAGCUCUACGAUUCAGUGCAAGUUAUAAAUGAAAGACGAACAACGCUGCUGAGAGCGGAGAGUGAAGCUGCGCUCUAUAAUGUGAAAAAAGCGAGCAGUUUCUCACUGCUAGCCGAGAUACCAGAACGUGCACAAAAUAACUCGAUAGAUGUGGAAGAGAAUACGACCAGCGAGCCGGCAAAGGAUCCGCAACCGAAAAAUGAGACCACCGUAGAAAUCGAAAGUGAACCAACACAACCACCGACAAGUGAGAUCACGUAAUGGGGUGAUCGAAGUGUUAUACGUACCAUAUAUAAAUCAAAUACUGACAAGUGUCAGCGUUCUUGCGUUCAGGAAACAUUAGAAGUUUUGUAGAAAUCUCUAGGAAAUAGUAUAUUUU